AUGCUUUUCCUACAAUUCUCUUACACAUUUUCUUUUUUCAGAAUUCUGUUACAAGAACGCGAAGAGAAUGAACAACAACUUCAACAACAAGUGAAAUUUUAUCAAGACGAGCUACAGCGUGAAUCGGAAGAUAACGAAGUACUUCGGAACACACUUUCCCAUCUUGAAGAACAGAUAAACAGUGAUAAGGAACAGCGAGCUGACUUGGAAAGUAAACUUGUUCAAGUUACAAAUGGCAGUGAAAGUCUAAAACUUGAAAUGGAAAACUUGCAGAAAGAAAAUGAUAAUUUACUCACAGAGAAAGAAGUAAUGCAGGGUGAAGGUUUUGAAGUGAAUGAGGUGAUGAAGAAAUUGCAGGAGAAUGGAGAGGCAAAGGAUUUGGAGAUUGCGAAUUUACAAGAAAAUAUAAAAAGAAAGGAAUCUGAGAUUGUAGAAUUACAACAGAAUUUGCAAAGAAAAGAAACUGAAGUUUCUGAGCUCCAACAAAAUGUGGAGUCAAUCACGGAGUUGCAAAACAGUCUCGAGGCGAAAGAUUUCGAAAUUGUGCACUUGCAAGAGAAUACACAAACAAGAGAAGCUGAGAUUAAGGAAUUGUUGCAAGCAAAAGACGCUAUAAUUACGGACUUGCAGCAGAGUCUUGAAGGAAGAGUAACAGAAAUAUUUGAGUUGCAAGACAGUAUCGCCGGGAAAGAAAACGAAAUUGUUGAAAUAAAAGAAACUGUAACUGAGUUGACACAAAAUGUUCAAGGAAAGGAAAGAGAAAUCUGUGAAUUACAAAAUAAUAUCGCUGCGAAAGACACAGAAAUCCAGGAACUAAAAGAGAAUAUCAAAGCGAAGGAGGCUGUAGAAGAUGAACUCACAAACGCUAAGAAACUGCUAACGAAAUUGAAAAAGAAAUUUACCAGUUUCCGAGACGAGAAGCAAUCAGAGUUGGAAGGAAAGGAUGAAGACAUCUCGCGACUGUUAGAUCGCGUGGCAGGUAUGUUAGCUUGUAAUAUUUCUAGGAAUUAAAUAAGCUCUGCUUAAACGAGUGUUUUCUCACCUCAAUGUCAAACACUAAAAAGCACUAAAUCAGUUCUCUCAAACAUUUUUUACGUUUUGUUACGUUUUAGGGUUAGGUUAGGGUCCGGGUUAGGGCUAACCGGCAGGGUGUUAGCCAGAAGUAAAAAAAAGCGUUUACCUGAAAUUGGGAAAUUUAUUUUAGCCUGAAGCAGGGCAUUUCUUUGUGGGUCUGGGGCAUGCGGUUGCCUCCUCUGAUUUUUAAAAUUUUUGUGUCUUUGAAAUGGCAUUUCCGCAUUUUGGGAGUAAUUUUGAGCAAAUGUAGUUAUAAACAUGUUUUUAAUGGCUUAACAACAUAUUGACGGCAAGAUGGACGGCAAGAUACGGUACUGGUCUAUUAUCAGAUGUGAAAAAAAUAAUUGAAUUUCUAUAACUAUUUUUUUGCUGACCCAAAUUGGGAAAUUGCCACCUCAAGGUAAUUGGGAAAACCGCGUUUAACGUGGAAUUUUUUACUGCAGCUAACACCCUGAGUUGUUAGAGUUAGGGCUAACAAAACGUAACAUUUACCUUUGCAAAAUUUUUACUGUGAUCACAGAAACUUUGAGACCAGCUUUUAAACUUGUUCGUUCUUUUAUUCAGAGGUGGAGAACUUGCGCCGUAGCGAGGGGCAGAGUGUUGACGAAGAGAUUAAGAAAUUGAGUGAGAGAAUUCUUGAAGCUGAGGAGAAACAUCAAGGAGUUAUCCAGGCAAAGAAUGAUGAGAUUAAUACUUUGAAGGUAAUAUGAUGUUUUAAGUAAUGGGCUUUAGUAGAAACAAUAAGUAAGGAAAUUAAUUGACAUAAUUCCUGAAGCUGAGCUCUCCAGGCAGAUAAUCAUGAGAUUAACAUUUUGAAGGCAAUGUAUAAUAUGAUACAGAUAUCUUCAAUGUUUUCAGCAAUGAACUCUUUGGUUUGCCGUUUUCUUCUUGCAGAUAUUUCAAACAAAACGUCAACUGUUUAUCACCGCGGUCUGUUUACCACAUCCCGAUUUCACAUAAGAGAAGUUCAUAUUUGAUUUCCAUUGUACAAGCAUGCACCAAUCAGAUGUGUUUGAUACAUCCAAUUAACCAAUCAGAUGUGUUUGAUAUGUCUGAUUAACCAAUCAGAUGCGUUCUAAAAAAAUUUAAAAACGAAAAAAGCCUGUUAGUUCUAACCUUGGCCCUAAUAUUUGUGUAUUUAAGUGUAAUAGACUAUGCAUAAUGCCGUCACAGGGCUUGAUGCCCGCGAGGAAUGCUGGUCUUAAGGCCAUGCAACUUGCAAUGCAAUUCUACUCUUGAAAGAUGUAAAAUUGUCAAAUACGAGUCUUCAUUACACUUCGCUGAUGUAUUCUCAACAUAUCGAAAAUUCUUCACUGAUUUCACUAAUUAACAUCUUUCAAGAGUCUAUAGAAUUGCAUUGCAAGUUGCAAGAAAAAUUGCACCGUGUAACAUGGCCUUUAGUAGUCAUCGCCCGGGAAAAUUUUGAAAGUAACCAUUUUGACUUGUUUAAUUUUCCUGGGCGAUGACUUCUAAGACCAGCAUUCCUUGCGCACAUAAAGCCUUGUGACGUCAUUAUGCAUAAGGUUUAUUUACUAUAUUGCAAAGUCACUCUCUCAUUUCUGUUUCAAGGAGAGGGUGAGAAAUGUUGAGCUAACCAAGGAUGAAGAAACACAAGAAAAAGACAACAGAAUAUCAGACUAUGUUGAACAACUCAGGCAAACACAAGAACUUCAUGAUAAGUAUGUUGUUGAUAAAGAUAACGAGAUAUCAAAUAUGAAAGAUGAAUUCCAACUGGAGUUAGAUCAAAACAAUGAGUUUGUUCUUAAUCAGAUCAACGUACUAAAACAAGAAUUAGCUGAUAGCAGGUUGGUGUCUUUAAUGUCAGGAUAUCUAUAAUAUUAGGAUUUGGGGACAUCUUACUCGAUUAAACACGGGCAGGAAAAAAUAGGGGGGAGGGGGAUUUGCCUGACUUUUUCCUAUUGUGCCCGACUUGUCCAAAAAAAUAUUUUCUUGCAAACUUAAUUGAUUAGAGUUGUAAUGCAACACAGCGUCCUUAUAAGUUCUUUAUGAUUAGCACGUUUUAUUUUACAACUGUACACUUUAUUUUGUCACUUAGAUCAGCUUUGUCUGACGAGGAAAGUGAGGCUGAAACUUUGAAAAAAAAAUUAUCAAACCACGCAGAAGAGUUAGAAAUAAUUAAACUUGAACUGAAGGAUAAAAUGACGACCUUGGCUGAGACUCAGAGUGAACUGGAAUCUUUGAGGAACCUUGUCUCUGAUGGUCAAACACAAUCUGAUGAUGUCCAAAAAGAAUUACAGAGAGUUAAGGAAGCUCUGAUGGAAACCCAGUCUGUCUUAGGUGAGCAUACGGCUUUCUCACUAUAAUUAUACUGGCUAGCUUUAUCAGUUCUAAACUGUUCUUCCUAGAGGUCCAGCAAGGAUCAUCUCUUAUUGACCCAGUGUUACUACAGGAGGAAACCUGAACUAGACUAACUUUAUUUAUACUGGAUAGCUCUAUCAGUUCUAUACUAUUCUUCCUAGAUAUCCAGUAAGGAUCGUCUCUUAUUGAUCCAGUGUUACUACAAGAGAAAACCAAAACUAAACGAACGAUAGCUUUAUCAGUUCUUCCUCGAAGUCAAUUGAUAACAUGCAUUAUUUAUGAAGGGUUCAAACGGAAGCCGCAUUACCGGAUGCGAUGUUUGGUAAAGUGAAACUGAAAACACUCUUCCCAAUUCGAACAAUGCGAAAUUUUAAUGACCGAAGUGAUAGUCGUCUGCACUAACUGUUGCUCACAGAAACCGUUUAAUGAAAACUCAUUUUGUGUAGGUGAAAAAGAAACAGAGCUGACCACACUAACAGCGCAACUUGUUGAAAAAACUACAGCUUUGUCUGAGACUGAAUCUGUCGUUGAGAGCUUGAAACAACAGCUAGCUGACAUCGACAAUGAACUACAGAACAAGCAAGCGUAUGAACAACAAUUGUUAGAAACAUCGCGUUUGAAAGAUGAGGAGAUCAGCCAGCUGAAAGAACGAGCUCCAGUCGUUCAGGAAACUGUUGUCCGGCAAGACGUGAAGGAAUCCCAGGAGUUACCUGUUGUUCAGGAGGCUGUUGUGGCAGUGAAACAGGAGGUGGUUGAAUCGCAAGUUGAAGAAUUACCUCCUUUGCUUGCAGCGGACGACACUGGCUCACAAGAGAGCAGCUUGCGGUCACAGCUCCAAGAUAAAGAACUAGCAUUCCAGAAACAAACUGAACAACUUCAGUUAGUCGCCAAGAAAUUCGCUGUGAUGAAGAAAAAGUUUGGGGCACAAAAAGAUCAACUUAAGGAGCUUAAUGAUACCAUCAAGAAACUAAACGAAGAAAAGAAUGAACUUGUCAAGUCUUGUGAAGAUUUGAACGAAAAAUUGUCUGAAUUUAGAAAAUUGUCAGCAGAAAAAGAAGUGUUAGAGAAUUCCCUGAAUUCUAAAGAUACUAUCCUGGAAUUAUUGAACUCUGAGGUCGAUCGUUUCCAGGAAAAUGUUAACAUGAUGAAUGACGAGAAUCGUGGUUUGAAAACAUCACUUGAAAGUAGAGAUGGCGAGGUGUCAAUGUUACGAGAGCAGCUAAAUACUGCUUCUGAACAAUUGGAAGUUAUGGAAGGUUUAGCCGCAGACCGCGAUAAGUUAACUGAACAGUUAGUGUCAAAGAAUGAGGAAAUAACGUCAUUGUCCGCGCGACUUGAGAAAAGUCGGAAUUUGGUGUUAGAGAAAAAGGCUGAAGUUCAAGCUCUUAAACAAAGUGUUGAUGAAGAUUUUGCAAUUCAUUCUGAGCAGCUACAAAUAUGGAAGAACCAUGUUGAGUCUGGUUCCCAUGAAAUUUCCGAACUUAAGAGAGCCCUUCAACAGAAGGACAGUGAACUUGAAGAAUACCAAAAGAAGUUUGAAAAGCUUCAUGGUCAAGUGGAAAAGGGAUCUGAAAAGAUAUCAAAGUUACAGACAGAAGUUCAGGAGAAAGAAAAUGAAAUUGAGGAAAGUGGAAAGGAAAUUUCGUUCCUUCAAAGUCAGUUAGAUCACAAGGUUCGAGAGAAAUCUGAACUAUCAGACGAUAUCAUGCGUUUUAUGAAUGAGAACGAACAAUUGAAAUUAGAACUAGAAUCAAAAGCAUCGGAAUGUGAUGUAUCAGAGAUGCAGACUUUACGAACACAGUAUGAAGAACAGAGUACAGAGUUGGCCAAUCUGAGACUGGAGUUCGAUCACGACGCUCGGCGCCAGGUUGAGGCUAUGGAACAGAAGGAUGCGGUGAUAGAAGAAUACGAAAAACAAUUUGAAUCUCUGCGCAGUGAAGUUCAUGAACUGGAGCGUGAUGCCCGACGGCAAGAUGAGAUUAUGGAGGAACUCGUAGAACAGAAGCGUAGUUUGGAAGGACUGCUUCAAGUUCGCGAUGUUGAGUCAGAUGAUCUACGCCACAAGAUCAGUGAACUGGAAAACCUCAAGGAACAACACCAAGUUGUUUCUACGAAUUUUGAAAAAAUGGUGUUAAAAAAAGACGCUGAAAUUGAGCAGCUGAAUGAGUCGCUUUCCGAGAAAUCAGGUGUGGUCGAAGAACUGCGAGACAAUGUAGCUGGUCAUAAACAGCAAGAGGCUGAGUUCCAGGAAAAGAUUACUGAGUUCCAGGAAAAGAUUACUGAGUUAGAAAAUGAAAAACGAAACUUUAUUUCUGAGUUAGAAAACUCUAAUUCACAGCGAAACUUUGCAAGUGAUUUGGAAGGAAGAUUAAAAGAUACCGAAGAGCAUCUUGUUCAAUCACAAUCACAUCUUGAAGAAUCUCAAAACAGAGUGCAUGAAUUCCAGGAAUUACUUAACGACGCACGAACAGCUUUGGAGCAGUCUGAGAGAAAGAACUUAGAAAUUCAAGAAACGUUAGAGGACUAUGUUAACCAGAAAAACGCUUUAGGAGUUAGCUUGAGUCACGCGGGAGAACAGGUCGUGGAGCUGAGGAGUAAAGUUGAAAGCCUUGAGGAAAGUUUGAGUCGAAAAAAUACAGAUAUUGAUACUGGGAUUGAGUCACUGAAAUUGGAGAUUAAGAGAAAGGACGAUCAGAUAGAGUUGUUGAAAUCAAAGAUUGAGGGUAAUGCAGGCUUAGUAGAUGAAUUAUCAAAAGAGCUAGAAGUCGCAAAGUCAACAAUCACUGAUUUGGAACAAAGAUUUGAAACAAAGAAAGAAGACGUGAAAGAAGUUGAGUUGGUCCAGAGAAGUGAAGUAGAGAGUGUUGAAGAAACGCCUGGGGAGUCGAGCAAUGUGGCUUUAGAAGAGAGAAUUGCUGAGUUAGAGAAAGAACGGCUUCAAUUGAGGAAGAAACUUGCCACUGUUAAGAAAGCGAGUGUUGAAAUUGGUAAACAACAUAAACAACUUCAGAAUGGUCUUUCUCAGAAAGACAAAGAAAUAGCUCAGGUUACUUCAGAGAAACAAAACAUUCAACAUAAGUUAGAGAAAGCCAUUGAUGGACUUAAGAAUGAGAAAGAUUCAAUGGAAUCCGAAUUUGAGGAUACUGUGAAGGAACUGAAGGAAAUUACAAGAGAGAAUCAAGAUUUAACUAAGGAAAGAGAUUCUUUGAAGGCGCUAAUUCAAAAUCUGGAAUCUGAAAAAGAGUGGAAUUUCUCAGAACUUGAGAAUUUGAGAACUGAAGUAGAUGAGAAAACGAAUGAGUUUAUGGAACUGGAAAAACAACUUGAAGAGGCGAAACAAGAUUUUGAUGAUCUGUUGAAGAAACGGAUAGAGGAGGUUUUGAUGGAAAAAGAUUUGGAGAAAGCUGACUUUGAAGAAGAUUUUGCUAAGCAAGUGCAAGACGUCUGUGUUCAGAAAGAUCAAAUUAUUUCUCAGAAAGAUGAAGAAAUCUCAGAAUUGAAGAAUAGAGUUGAAGAAGGAGGGCUGAAUUCUGAGAACGUGCAAGUUGAGAUGGAUAACUUGAAACAUGAAAUCGAGACUAAAGAUAAGCAGAUAUUGGACCUUAGUGAAAGACUGACAGCCAUAGACAAUAAAGAAACAAAUCAACAAGAUAUUGAUGAAGACAAUUCUGAGAAGUUGUCAUCUGAAUUAGAAAAUGUGAAACAGCAACUCUGGGCUAAGAAUGAAGAAUUAGAACAGUUUAAGGUGAGUCUUAAACAAGACGGCAGCGAAAUGAAAGUUCCAGAACUCAUGGUCGAGAUUCAAAACUUGAAAGAUGAAGUUCAAAUCCUCGGAGAUGGACGUGAGGCCCUCGAUAAGAAAUUACACGAAGUACUCAACGAAAAACAAAAGCUUUAUGAACAACUACAAGCAGCGUGUAAGGAACGAGAUGAGUUAAAGAACGCCGGAGGGAGUGAUGGUCAGAUGGAUAGUGUUAUUGAGGAAAAAGAUAAGGUUAGAGUCUUAUUUAUCACCAAGCUAUCAUGGUUUGUGUCUACGUUUGGUAAUUCAGACACAAACCACGACAACCAUAUUAUGGAAUACUACCUACACUGGACCACCACGUUUGAGAUAUUUUUCAGGUAGUUCAGACACAAACCACAACAGCUUAUUAUAGAAUACUACCUACACUGGACCACUACGUUUGAGAUAUCUUUUUCAGACAGAAAAUUACGACAGCUUACUGUAGAAUACUACCUACACUGGACGUGUGCAUGUUGUUCUAAUAAUGAACUGUAUUUUUCUCUUUCAGAAAAUCGCCAUGCUGAAAAAGAAAUUGAAAGAAUUACGAAGAGAGAAAGCUGCUUCCGAGGCCAACCAAAUCACGGAGGUUGAAAUUACUCCCCACAUUGUUAAUGAGGUUUGUUCCUCAUUUCCAAUUUUGUUCUAAUUAGUUAUUUUACAGCCUGUUUAUAUGGAAGCUGGGCUGGCCGGGCUGUGUCGCUAAACGGGCCACCGGGCUUCUAUAUAAACAGCUCUUUAGAGAGAGAUGUAUACAAAUUUGGCGCUCGACAAAAAGUAGUAGAAGUGAAUCAUACUUUUCGUCGAGCGCCAGAAAUUUAAUUGUCGACUUUUCUCUGACAGGUUUUCCAAAAAUCUGAGAUGUCGUCAGUGGAAACACUUCCAGACAAUAACAUGGACCCGAACAAACAUAAAGAGGAACUUGAUCACCUUCGACACGAAAGAAAUGUCUAUGAAGAAAGUUACAUCAGAAUACAGCGAGAACUGGAUCAGACACAGAAAGAAAAUGAAUCUCUCCUUGAAGAUCUUAAGUCUAAACAAGAUCUAAUUGAUGGUUUUGAUGCAGAACUACAGCGAGAGAAAGAUGUUGUGAAGAACGAGAUGGGAGUAAAGGUGCAGGAAAUGAGGAGUAACCUUGAUGAACGAGAGAAAGAGUUGAUACAGAAUCAUCUGGAAGAGAGAUCGAAUAUGGAAAGUUUGAUUGGAGAGUUAAAGGUAAAUGAUGUAAAACUACCUUUACUGAAUAGCUUUGUCAGCUCUUCUUACUUCCCGACGAAGCGCCGCUCGAAACCAGGGCAGGAAAAACGAAUUUUCUUCCUGGAAGCUCAACCUAGAGACAAAAAUUUCCUGCAAACCAACGGAGUAUUUUUGUGUUAAAUCUGCAUAAACAUUUAGUGUCUUAGCUGACCAUGGUUUUAAAUUGAACAACCCUAUGUUUUUGCGCCCAUAGUGGGACAUGGGUGUCAAGGUUUCUUUCAAAUUUUCAAUAGCGACUCUUCAUUCAAACGAAUUUCCUGCAGCUGUUUAACAUUUCCUGCGAGUAGUGCUCGCCUAUUUUUUCCACCCCUGCUGGAAACUGCGACGUUCUCCUUGCAUUGUUCAAGUAGUUGUAUCUCUAUCAAUCCGAACCUUUGUCAGUUGUAAACUGUUCUUCCCAAUGGUCCUGUAAGAUAUUUUCCCGUUUGUGUAGGGAGAAAAACUGCGAGUGAGCGAUGAAAUGGUCCAGUUGAAAGAAGAGAUCUUAGCUCUUGUUAAUGAGAAGGAAGACUUAGGUCGCGAGAGAUCUGAAGUCAAACAUUCAUUAGAGAAUGUUUCUGAACAACUGGAGACAGCACAGAAUGAACUGGUUACGCUUAAGGUAACGAUUAGUUUUAAAAAGAUUUGAAUAGACACUCCGAAAAUAGUUAACAUUUUAUUUAACGUUUCGACUAGGUUUCAGUCAUCAUCAGGAAUGACGCUGUUGAAAAAUACUGAGAUAUAUAUUUACAAGUUAAGCGGAUCAAAUUACGCGCUAAUUAAAUAUCACAAGUUCCUUUGAGGCUUUAGUUCCGUGAUUAAGUUCCGGUUUUUGGCGAAAAGCCAAAAUAAAUAAAUAUCUUGUAAAUAUAUAUCUCAGUAUUUUUCCACAGCGUCAUUUCCUGAUGAUGACUAAAACCUAGUCGAAACGUUGAAUAAAAUGUUAACUAUUUUCGGAGUGUCUAUUGUUUUGUUCUUUUUAAAAUUUCUCAAUGGUAACGAUUAGAGCUGUGCGGUUCCAAAAAUUUUAUCUCGGUUCCGGUUUCGGUUUUUUUGGAACAAAAAAACCUCGGUUCGGUUCGGUUAUUUUCAAAAAAGAAGAACACUACAAAUGUAUGAACUCAUUUAUGUAUGUUUCGAGCAUUUUUACUAAAUCGAUGAAUUUAUGCGUUUGUAAGUUUGUAUAAAUCUCUGAAUAUUUUAAAAGAACAAUUGGAAUUUAUUUAUGAAGUUGUAAUAUUUCUUAGUUUUUAAAAAAAUUUAAAGCAAGUUCACAAAAAUAACUAUCACAAGUAAAAUAUCAACUAUUUGAGCACUUAGUACAGUGCAUAUUGUGCACAAAGAGCACAAUCUUGUUAUUUUCCAAACAAUUCAACCUGCAAUCAGGUGGGCGUUAAACGGGAAAUUAAAACCGAAACUACCGGUUUUUUGCGUAUAGUUUUUCGGUGCUGAAAAAAGUACCGGAAGAACCGAAUUUUUCGGUUAACCGCACAGCUCUACUAACGAUCAGCCAUUCCGAAGUUGAUGAGAGAACUGGGGACGAGGGUUAAAAAGUGCCAAAUUAAGAAAUGAAGCGAAUCACUAAAAAGACCACCUCUAAAUUAGUAUGUAAACAAAGAUGUUCACAUGAUUUCCCUUCGAUUAACAAGCUUUCGAAACUCAUUAUGACUUGGGGUUUUUUUUUCAUGCAACUCAUUAUGACUUUUUUAUGUAAUUCAUUAUGACUUGUUUUUUUUUUAUGUAACUCAUUGUGACUUGCCUCUUGAAGACUGCAGACUGGCAGUCGAAAGCUCGUUUAAUAAAUCUUUGAAAACCAGAGAUCGUUGACACUAGUUUCUAACUGAAACUGUCGUUCUUGUUUCUAGGGAAAAUGCCAAGAGUUAGAAGACGCGAACUCUCGUCUUCAAAGUGAUGUCGACGUGAACAAGAAGGGGAAAGUGAAACUGAAACAAAAGCUGAAAGAAACCUUGAAACAACUGGAACAAGAGAAAUCUGCUCUACAGCAAGAAAUACAAGAUGUUAAAACAGAGAAAGCUGAGACAUGCAACGCAUUGCGGACUGAGUUUGGUACAGCUUUAGACAGCCGAGAUAACAUACUGGGUAGCUUAAGAGAGAAACUGGCAGUUUUAAAAGCUGAGAAGUUGGAGUGUGAGGAGAAAUAUGACUCAGAAAAUCGAGAAUUGAAAUCAAGGCUAAAGGAGAAUAAUGACAAGAAUGUCAAGUUGGAAUCUGAGGUUGCAGAGUUGAAGUCCAGUUUGGAGAACGUGGGCGCAGAGGUAGCACAAGUACGUCAUGAGAAGGAUAAUAUUGGGGAUUCAGUCAGAGCGGAGUUUGAUCAUAUUUGCUCGGGAUUAAGAAUGGAUUUAGAACGAGUCUUGAAGGAGAGAGAUGAGAUUGCCCGAGCUAUGGAGGUAAGAUGCAACAAUUAACCACUUUAGUUUUAUUGGAUAACGAUAUAAGUUUUGACGCGACUUAAAUAAGAACAGCUAAAAGUCCUGUUCUUAUGUAAGACGCGUCUUAUCCAAGACGCGUCUUACAUAAGAAUUUUGUACCUUUUAUACGACAAACUGGCGUCUUACUUAAGUCGCGUCUUAUGUAAGUCGCGUCUUAUUUUGUUCCGUAUAAAUGGCCCUAUUGUGCAUUGUGUGUAAUCAACUACUUGUAACCGCACAUGUUAUUUGGUGGAGUAAACUCAACACAACUUUACUUCUUAAGGUGGGUCGUCUCGGUCUGGAGAAACAACUCAUUGAUAGGGAAGAGACAUUCGACGGACUACUCCAGAUUGUCAAAGAAAAAGACGAGAUCUUAAGUUCCGAGAAUUUGGCGACAUUGAAAGCGGAAGUAGAGCGUCUGAGGCUGGAACUGUCUACAGAACACGUGACCUUGGUGCAACAGCGAGGAUUGGUUGAACAGAAGAAUGUGGUCAUUCAAACUUUGGAAGAUGAUAAGAAGAGACUGUUGGCUGAGAGGGAUGAAGUUUUGGUAAAAGCAGGCAAAGAGGUGAGACAAAACCCUGAGUUUCCCUUGAGUGUCAGUGCUGUUUUUGAAUAGCUGGAGGGUGAGUAAUCACAUAAGAUACGACACUAACCCUCCAGUUAUUCAAAAACAGGAAUGACACUCAAGAGAAGCUAAGAUUGAACCUCCUCUCUCUGAGUGUGAGUAAGCUUUUACAAUACAGGCGUUAGAAUUUAUCUAUGCAAAUUUCCUACUAAUACAGGCGUUAGAAUUUACCUAUGAAAAAUUCCUACUGUGAUCACAGAAACUUUGAUAGUAUAAACCAGCCAGUAUAAUGCGAACAAGUACUGUUUUCAUUGGAUAUAUUUUCCAUCCAAUACAAGGUAGUGAACAAUAUGAACGUUUUUAAAUAUGAUUUCAUCGCGCUCAAAUGUUCAGCCGUGUGGGUGUUUUUCUCGCUGGAAAAUUGAGAGUGUUUUUUACAAAUAUUUCACACACACUCGGCAGAGAAUUCUGAAUAAAAUAUAUGACAACAUUUAAUUGUAUUUUGUACAGCUUGUCGAAGUUCAGUCAUCGAAAGACGCUAUGAUUAGAAACUUAGAAGAUCGUGUAUCAAACCAAGCUGAAGAUCAGAGAGUACUGAACGAAAAAUUCGAAGAAGUUUCCAGGGAAUUCCGUGAAAUAAACGACCACAUCGUGUCAUGUAUCCAAGACACAAACCAAGAUACAUCGCUACUUGAAGUACUUGACCUCGAAACCCAAACAGCUGGUGAUAUGCGCAUGCGUAGCAACAAGAUCGUGAGUCAAUUGUUGGAGAACUGGACCGAGUCUGAAAGGAGGUUCGAGAAACAGAGCAGAGACUGGGAAUCAAGCGAGGAGAGCUACAAAUUGGAGACGGAGAAAUUGCAAAAUGAGAAAGUGGAAACAUGCGAGGCCAUUGCAAAAGAGUGGCAAGGAAAGAUGGCGGAUAAGGAAGAAGAGAUGGAAGCACUGGUGAUGAAGUUUGAUGAGAAGCAGAAGGAAAAUGAUAGAAUUAAAGUGGAAAUGGAAAAAGCCAAGGAAGUUGUGGAAAAUGAAAAGAACGAUCUGUUAGUUGAAAAGGAUGGAAUAUUAGAACAACUAAAAGACACUGGUUUGAAAUUAGAAGAGAACGAACAGCAGUUGACAGUUUUGAAAGAACAGAUUGAGAAAGACAGCCAUGAUAUUGAAGAGUUAAGUGAAGAGAAAGAAAGACUUGUCUCCAGCAACGAAGAGUUAGAGUCGACCAUCGCUCAAGCCAAGGAAGAGAUUGACCGCCUUCAACUGGAUAUUGAAGUUUUCCAAAAUGAACGCAACCAUUUUGAACAAAGCUUGAUUGCAAACACGAAACGCAGUGAUGGACAAUUCCUGAAAUUAUUCGAAAUUCUUGGAAAUGAACAAGAGAUUGAAAAUAUAGAGCAAGUGAAAGCGCAGUUACCAGAAAUGUUAUCAGAUAUCGUCAGACAAGUUCAAGAAAAUUCGAAAGUUCAGGAAAAUUUGCGAGAAGAAAAAGCUCGAGUUUGUAAUAAGAUACGGGAAGAAUUUGAAAGUGCUUUGAUUGAGAAAGAAGGAAUAUUGGAGGAGCUUCGAGGAAAGUUGAAAAACACUCACUCUGAGUAUGAUGACGUUAAACGACAGAACGAAGACCAAAGACGUCAGAUGAAAAAUCUCGAGGGACAAGUUUCCGUGCUACGUAGAGAAAUAGAGACAAGUAAAGCGAGUGACGUUGUGGACAUUUCGGGAGAUGAUAGGACACAUGGGGUCGUUGAAGAAGAUGUAAUACGGCCUCGUGUUGUUGAAGAAGUUAUGACAGCGACGUCAUCAGAUUCAUUAAUGGCAGAAGAUGGAGUCUUUGAUUAUGAUAUACAAUCAACUACAAAUAACACGACCCUUAAGAAUCAAUUAGAGUCACUUACGAAUGAUAACGCAAAACUCAAAGAACAAUUAGAAAACCUCCAAGUUUUAUAUAGCGAAAGGAACUUACAGAUUGCUGCUUUGCGUGGCGAAAAUGAAACAUUGAAAGACUUGGUGUCUAAUUUAAAUACCUCAGAACUCGUGGAAACUAAUGAAAGACUUCAACGCGAAAUAGAGCGGCUGCAAUUAGCUAAUGAAAAUCUACAGAAUGAAACUAACGGGAAUAUUGAGCGAGAGAAAGAAACUGGUGACUUCGAAAGUCCAGUAGUAAACUCCUUAAAAGAGCAACUUCAAGAUUCCUCCACACAAAUCUCUCAACUCAAGGCAGAGCUCUCGGAGGUGAACAAUGACCGAACAGCUUACGACAAGCUCCGAAGAGACUUUGAUCAUAUUGUGUCAGGGUUAAGAGGAGACCUGGAACGAGUUAUGUCUGAUCGGGAUAAUACUGCCCAGAUGUUGGAUAGCUUGAGAGCUCAGGUACACGAGAGGGAUGUGACGGGAUCAAAUGAAAAUAGAAGUGGACACGAUAAGGAGAAAGAUCGACACUAUGGUGAUAAAGAUGAUACACGACAGGGUAAUGAGGGACGUUCGUUGAAGGAAGUUGAAAAGGAGCUGGGAAGUUUAAAACAACAUCUUCAUGAAACGAGUUUGGUCAAUCGGCAGUUGAAACAACUUGGAAAGAGUCUUGAUGCGGAACUCAAGGAAACGAGAAAAGACAAACAACAAACUGAAAAAAAAUGUCAGGAUCUGAGAGACGAGAUGGAGAGAUUUGUGAAAGAGAAAGAGAUCAUUAUUGUCGAGUCCAGAGAACGUAUUGAGACCAGUGAGAGACUACAUCAAGACAAACUACAUGAAGUAUUUCGAGUACACCAGGAAGAGCUGCGCAAAGCCACAGAACGCUCGGAAUAUAAAGAAUUGAGCUCAGCCAAUGAAGAACUGCAGAUGAAACUAAAUGAUGCUUACGAGGAGAUUAAUAAUGUUAGUCAACUGGAGGAAAAUAACAUUGCUUUGAAGCGAGAAAUUGAUGUUCUCAAGAACGAGAAUGAAGUUCUAACAAGUAAAGUGGACGAACUGAGAAGUAUGGUUGAUGAAACUGAAAGACAAACGGAAAUUUCAAAGAGUGAAAAUGACGUUUUGACUGAGAAAGUGGAAGAACUGAAAGGCUUAGUGGAUGAAGCGGAUAAACAAAUUGAACUCCGAGAUGAGAAGAUUUCUGAAUUAAACAAACGUAUACAAGAAAAUAAGGAAAAUGUUGGGUUGGAAAGUGGAAAAACUCCUGAAGCUAAAACCAUUGAUGACGUAGCGAAAGCCUACAAUGACGUCAUUCUACCGGACGUGGAGUCUCAAAUUUGGCGCGAACCAGAAGGGCGAGAACUUAUCAAAGCUGUGAAUGCUUUAGAGCUUGAGGAGAAGCCUGCUGGAGUUAUUGAGUAUAGACCGGAAAUGACGUCAGAAAGCGAGAAACUUGAACGAGAACUGAUUCAAACUUCUGGUCACGUGACUGAGAACCAGCUCAAAUUCCUUAAAGAAGAGGUAGAGAGGGAGGGGAGGGACAGGAGAAUUGUCACCGAGCAACUCGAGAAAGAACGACAAGAACGAGCUGCCGUUUUCCAGGAAUUAGAGAAGGUUAAAAAGAUAUCUCAGAAACUUAAAAACAUGUUAAAGAAUUCCCGAAGUGAAGUUGAAACAUUAAAUAAAGAUUUAUCUCAGACAAAAGAUGAGAUGGUGGAGAAAGAACAGUCGAUGACGACACUUCGAAAUGAAAUGUCGGAGAUUGUUUUGGAGAAAGAAGAAAUUGUUAAAAAGUUGAUGUUGAAGAUUAAGGAUAUAGAAGUACAACGAGAUGAAAGUUUGGAGAAUUUAAAGUCCGAAUAUCAGGAAAACGUGGAUAAGAGAGAUGUUCGUAUCGAGAAACUUAGCAAAGAUUUAAGUGUGGCGAAUGAAAGAGGAGAUGAACUGAAAGGACAGUUGGAUAUGUGGCGACAAAGUUACAACGAAGUCAGUGAGAAAGAAAAUAUUCUUGAAAAUGAGAUUGAAGAUCUAAGACAUUCACUGCAAGGUAGUAUUGAUGAACUUCGUCAGAGUAAAGAGAUUAGUAGUUUUGAACUUAGCAAAGCUCACGAGAGUAUUGAAGAACUGAAUCAACAAUUGAGAACUGUCAUUAACGAUAAAGCCAGCAGUGAUAAAACAAAGAAUGAUGCUGAAGCCAGUCAUGCUUUGGUUAGAGAAGAACUGGAACAUACUAUCGCUCAAAGGGAUAGCAUUAUUGCGAGUCUUCGCACCGAAGUGAAAACUGCUACAGAACAACUUGAACAUGUGAGUGAUGAGCUAGAGUUACAGAAGAGUUUAUAUGAUGAUUCCUUGAGUCAAAAUGAAGAAAACCAAGUCAAGUUUAUAAAUUUACAAAAUGAAAUGAAUACAAGUGAAAGUGAAAAAGAUAGCGUUAUACAACAGCUAGAAGAAGAUCUUGAGAGAGCGAACGAAAGUUUAUAUAAUAUAACACAGAAACUGCAGGAUAAAACUGUGGAAUAUCAGAAUUUAUUCACGGAGAAAAAUUCCCUUGAAGAACAAUUGAAGGAAACACAAGACGAAUCGCAAAAUACAAGUAUUGUAAAAGAAGGUAUUAUUGCUGAAACUGGACGGAACCUUGAAAUGGCAACGAGUCGGGCUGAGGGGUUAACUGAACAGUUGAAUGAAAGUUUGAGUGUUUUGGGAAGUGAGAGAAGACGCAAAGAAGAAUUGGACGAGAUUUCUUACACUUUAAGGAAAGAUUUAGAGUUACGAACUGAGCAGAAACGAGAGCUUGAAGAAGUUGUAAUGGCGUUGAACAUCGAUCUAGAGAAAGCUUUAAAAGAUCGCGAGGAAUUACGGCAAGCUUUGAGGGUUAAACAGACUGUUACACAAGCCACUGACAAUCCUUGUUUUGAUGAAAUUGUCGUGGAGGCGAAGAUGAGGGAAAUCACUCAAGUACAACAGAGAUUGAUUGAUGUCGAACACGAGCUUGGUUCUGUUAAUGAACAGUUGGCGAUAUCAAAGAAUAGAAAUGAAAGUUUGGAAGAUGAAUUAAAAGCUGCUGAGGUCAGUAUACAGGAUAGUUUGUCUAAUGCUCAGAACGAGAAACAGCGUCUAGAGGAGGUUAUAUCUGGUUUAAAAUCUGAUCUGCAACAUAGUAGUUUAACGAAGGAAGAGGCGAUCAAUGUUUUAAGAAUGAAAUUGGAAGAGGCUGUGGAAGAACGUGGUGGUGCUGUAGUUUCAUUAAAGAAUGAAUAUGAUAAAAUGCUCGGUGAAAAAGAUCAUGUUAUUGCUAGCCUUCAGGAUGAGAUACAACGAGUUAAUGAAGAAUUUACUAAUCUGGGAUAUCGCUUUGAGUUGACUUUACAAGAUAAUGUCAGCAAGGGAAAUAACAUCAUGCAAUUACAGAGUCAAGUUCAAGAGAAACAACAAAUUUUGGAGGAGAAUGGUGCAUUACAAGAACGGUUGAAGACCAUGGGAGAACGUAUAACUAAACUAGAAAAUGAAAUUCGCGAAUUGAAUGAAGAUAAGAUAAGACGAGAUUCCGAGAAACGGGAACUUGAGAAUUCUCUAAAUAAAGUCGUGGAAUUAGAAAAGCAGAUGGCGGCGAAUAUGAAAGAAAGUGAAGGGUCUAAGGCGAAACAGAAAAAGGAGUUUAAACGGUUGUACGAGGGGUUGCAGUUUGAUCUGGAGAAUUGUCGUAAACAAAAUGUGGAAAAAGAGAAAGGUUUGCGAAAUUUACGAGAAGAACUCGAGGAGAUUAUGAAACAAAAGGAAGCUUUAGCGUUGAAAGUUCGUAAUCCGAGCAAAGAAAGAAGCAUUGAACGUUUCCAGAAAUCGGAGGAUGGCGAUUUCGUAGAAAGAUUCCGAGAUGAAAAGAAGGAAUUAUUACGAGAUCUUGAUAAGACUAGACAAGAGAAAGAUGAAAUAUUUGCAAAGUUCCACAAUAUCAGUGAAGGACUGAGGCGAGAUUUGGAGGCGGCCAUAAACAGCAGAGAUGAGAAGUCGCAAGAAUGUUUAAAAGCUAAUGUUCUAAUUGAUAAACUCCAGCGUUCUAAUGCGGAAUUGGAAGGAGAAAUUAAGGAAAGGGAUGCUACGAUUAGUUCACUUCAUUCAGGACUCCAAACAAAGAAUACCCAGAGUUCAACUGCUGUUGAACAAUUUCGCGCUGAGAAUCAAAAACUCAAGUCAACUUUAGCUCAAGAGUCAAUGAACGCUCGCGAAGCGAUCGUAAAGAUUCAGAACACAAAUGAAGAAUUGAGACAAAGUUUAGCAAAGGCCGAACAUGAUCGCGAGAAUCUGCGAAAUUAUGUUGCCAGUAAGGAAGUUCAGAAUGAAGAAUUGAAGAGACAGUUGAGUAAAGAGACUGCUGAGAGAAAACGCCUUGCUGAAGAAGUACGCGGUGGUCUGGUCGAGAUUACCUCCAGUACUGCGCAGGAGUACGAUGUUUUGAACCAGACGAGGACAGAUCUGGACGAGGUAAGAAAAAGUUGAAAAUUUGCGGUUGAAAUCUAUGGGGUUUUAUCAUCACAGGCAACUGAGAUGCAGGACAAUUGGUAUACCCGUCCUGUGUGGUGCAGAAAAAAUCAACCACGAUUCUGCUUACAUAGAAACCAUUUUUGCUGUGGCAUAUUUAUUUGAAAUUGUAUUAUUUCUAUUGCCAGACGGACACAAUGUUUAAUGCAAGUAUCAAUGAUGUUCCCCGAGGAGAUGAAAGAUUGAAUAAACUUCUUGCAAGGUAAGAUGUCCAUUUUUUUUUCAAUUUUCGUCUUUAAGGCAUCCAUGCUUAUUACCGUGGUAUAGAAUAGAAAAACUUUAUUUGUCCACGCUAACCCUGUCAACCGAGGCUGAUUUCCACAGGGGGCGUGUAAAAAAGAAUUACAAAAAUAUAGUAUAAGGUAUUUAAAGCUAUUUACAAUCUAUAGUAUCAAGUUAUAUAAACUAUAAGUAAGUCAUGUAUAUAUAUUUACAAGUUUUCAGUUUCUUAGGAUCUUGUUUUAGUUAAAGAAUGUGAGUAGCAAUUUUAUUUUGAAAACAUGACAGGGAUUUGCUUUCCCUAAUUUCAUUUGGAAUGGAGUUCCAUAAGUGAGCACCGUUAUACAUGAAACUAUUUUUCAUGUUAUUUGUUCGAGGUUGUGGUAAACAAAGACCACUGGAAAUGUCCCGAAGUUUGUAAUUUGUCAUCCCACUUUUAUAGGUGAAAAGGUUUGUGAGUGACUUAGGUAGGGGUGCACCGGAUUUCAAAUCCGGCCGGAUUUAACGAAUUUUCCGGCAUCCGGCCGGAUUUGGAGGCCGGAUUAAAUUUCUGUUUUCAGCUUAAAAAAAAUCACCAAGAAUGGGAUAAACCGUCAAUUUGGCAGCUUUACUGUUGCUCAAAUAUUGAUUCAAUACAUUACCUCGGGCCGACCAAUUCAUUUGAUCAAGUUCCUCGAGAUAUUCAUACACUUCCUGUGAAAGAGCCAAUUCCAAGUAUUUGAUCAUUUCUGGUCACUUCCUUUCUAUUUAUGAUUGGUUAUGAGUGUAUGAAUAUCUCGAGGAACUUGAUGAAAUGAAUUGGUCAGCCCGAGGUAAUGUAUUGAAUCAAUAUUUGAGCAACACUUCAAUUGGAACGACAGUAAAGUUUAAAAAGCCCUUAUAUUAUUAUAAAAUAUUAAGUUAUUAACAAAAAGAUAUUUAAAAAAGGUUUAAACACAAUCAAAAAUCUAAACUGACACUAACUAAAAAUAGUAAAAAACAUAAACCGCCAUUUUGAAUACUGAUUUAUCCCCAAUUGUUCCCAUUACCGGUUUAUCUCAAAUCCGGCCGGAAUUUUUGUCCAAAUCCGGUAAAUCCGGUUCCGGCCGGAUUUGAAAAUUCCAAAUCCGGUGCACCCCUAGACUUAGGGCCCAUUUUAUUCAAAAUUUUGUACAUAUAAAAGCCUUUCGUUUGUGUUUUGUCUAACAUUAUUCAAGAAUUUGAGAGAUGCUUUUCGUAAUUGUGUGAUGCUGCAUGUUUAGACUUGCUGAUGCCGAUCGCGUGCAAGAAGAAACGAACUUACAGCUUUCUGAAUUAGAGGUUAGUCGUCAUUACAUUAUUGAAUGAAAUCAGUGACGUGACGGAGGAAGAGGGAGCCCUCAGGCAUAUUUGGUGGGCCCUGUUGACUGUUGUCAAAAUGCUGUGUCUAUAAAUGUAACAGUCUCCAACACAAUUGACAAGAAUAACUUUUGUUUUAUUUUAUUUGAGAUGGAACAACAAAAUCAGUUACCGUUGUCGAAGUUAAAACCGUGUUUGUCAAUGUAUGAAUAUUUUGUUGUUUUAUUUGAAGGCAACAUUGCAACAAGAGAUAGGUCGUCGGCAAGAGUUAGAAGUUCUACUCGAAGAACAACAUAAGAGAAGAGAUGUGAGUAUAACCAAUGACGGUAUUGAAUAA